AUGAGACAUGAGGUGACUGCAUAUCCAGAACUGCUUGUCAUGAGGAGAUCGAAGCUGAAGGUGCUGGAUUUUACCCAUGAUUUUGAGCGCUCCAACUGGGAGGAGUGCUCUGAGACCUCUCCUGUACCCUUCGUCAUCACGCACAUGCUGGAAGAGCCGGAGGCAGACCAGCUCACGCCCAGUUCCAGAGAACAGCCUCAGUGUGACCGAGAACCAGUGGAGAUACACACAGACCUUUUCUUAGAUGGUUUGUUCGGUUUCUUCCACCUGUCUGGGUUCCCCUCGUACAUAUUGCAGAGAGUCGAGAAGAGCCAUGGCUGUCUGCGGCUCUGCUGUCGGACGCUGGUCAUGAACCAAGUACCAUUCCACAGCCUCGUAGAGAUCCUGGGAGUGCUGGAGCUGGAGGCCAUUCGAGAGCUGAGGCUUCAUCACAGGAGUGGGUUUUGCUUCCAGUCAGAUCUAAUCCGGUUCUUCACCCAGGUAGGGCAGAUGAGCAACCUGGGCAACCUCAUCAUGAGCCACAUCCCCUGGGAUUUCCCUGCUGACUGUUUCUCCCUGUUGAGUCCACUGGGCCACCUCCAGAAGCUCCAUCUCAUCUUUGGCUGUCUCUCGGGCCAGCUACAUAAGAUGCUCAGCAGCCUGCAAAAACCACUGGAGACUCUGGUGAUCAAUGGAUGUAGGCUUACUGAGAAUGACAUCACCUACUUGUCCCAGAGCAUUCAUGCCGCACGCCUGAAGGAGUUGGUGCUGUGUAGCAAUAACCUGUCCGAAACAGUUCCUGGGCCCCUAGAGGUUCUGCUGGCUGAGGUGUCGGGCACCCUACAGCACCUGAACUUGAGAAGCUGCCGGUUGAAGGAAGCCCAGCUCCGAGCCCUGCUGCCUGCCCUGUGCUGCUGCUUCUGUCUCCGCUCCCUUGUCUUCUUUGACAACGUCAUCUCCACGUCAGGCAUCAUGAACGUGCUGCAGCACUUAGCGAGGCUGAAGGAGCUGAAGCGUGUGCAGUAUCCCGUCCCUGCUGAAUGUGUUGUCUACUUGGACGAAUACAGGUGGGAGAACCUCAACAGAGUGGAACUUGCCCGGGUGCACACCAAGUUGCAGGAAAUGUUGCAAGCACUACAGCGGGCUGACAUGGAGUUGACUAAUUCUACCUCAAUGGCCUGA